AUGGCACCAGCUGCAGUUUCUACAAACUCCUCAGCUGAUGAUACUCGUCGCCAUCAGCCCUUUGAGUUCAACGAAUCGGUCCAAUCCUUGGUAGAUGCUUCCGACAAUCUAGAAGCUCUCCCGACCAAAUAUAACCUCGGAGACACCAACGACACUAGGGCUUCGAGCUGUGAGUCACUCCCCGUCAUUGAUUACUCUGCCCUCACCUCCUCCGAUCCCCAUCAACGCUCCAAAGCCAUCGCUGAACUUGCGGAAGCAUGCGCAGAUUGGGGUUUUUUUGUCCUGGUGAAUCAUGGGGUACCGAAGGAGUUGAUUGAAUCAAUGUUUGCAACGGUGAGAGAAUUUUUCAGGUUGCCGGACGACGAGAAAAAGCAGUACGAGGCGAAAAGCACUUCGUCUCCAAUCGCCUGUGGAAAUUUCAACUUGAAGAGUACUUCCAAUGAAACCUUCACUUUGUGGAGAGAUUUCCUCAAGCUCUACGUGCACCCCGAUUUCCACUGCCCCACCAAACCCCAACCCUUAAGGGAAAUUCUGGCUGAAUACACUGAAAGAACCCGGAAAAUGGCACGAGAACUGGUGGGAGCAGUAGCAGAAUCCAUGGAGCUCGACCGUCAGUACGUGGAGGAAGCUUUGGAGCUGGAUUCAAGUUUUCAAAAAUUUGGAGGAAAUUUCUAUCCACCAUGCCCUCAGCCAGAUCAAACAAUAGGGCUGCCACCACAUAACGAUCCGGGCCUCUUUACGAUAUUGCUCAUCCACAACGGACUAGCUGGCUUACAGAUCGAGCGACAAUCCCACUGGUUUGAAGUCAAUCCUCCCCCCAAUUCUAUGAUUGUCAAUGUUGGUGACCACCUUGAGAUAUUUAGCAACGGGAGAUGCAAGAGCUCGCGGCACAGAGCUGUGGUGAACAAGGAAAGGGAGAGGCUGUCGAUCGCGGUGGGGAACGGUCCCGGGAAAGAUGUUGUGGUGGGGCCGGCGGCACUGCUGGUGGAAAGGGACGGCGGCGCUUUGUAUCGGUCAAUGAAGUAUCAAGAAUAUGUGGAGUCUCAGCUCAGCCGCACUUUCAAUGGCAUAUCAAUUCUCGAUGAGCAAAGGAUAUCGACUUAAUUAAUAAAUUAUGGACGAGGUCAAG